GCGCACUGCCGCGGGGCUUCACCACAUUGGAGGCUGCCUGGAAGUCUCGGAAGUUUAGCCAAGUUGCAGUGAUUUAGCCCGACAGGCUAGCAGCGGAAAACACGGUCCGACCGCAGCAAACUUGGUUUUCGGCGUGAAAAAAGUGCGUUUGGACGGAACCUCGCACCCCGCAGUGAACCCCCGAGGACCACCCAUGGAUCUAAACCUCUUUUCACCGCUUCAUCUGCGCGAACACGAGCGUUAGACACAUUUGAAAGAAGUUGUGAUUGUUUUUUUUUUGGCGCUCUGGCAGCAGCAGAGGAAAGAUGGAGGCUCUGCUGGUGUAGCUAGCAGCGGGCUAACGCUAGCUGGCUUGUUGGUUCACUGGCCAGCGUCGUUUUUUUUUUUUAGGGACAAAUUCAAAGCUGCUUCACCAAACUGUGUGUGAAUGUCCGGGAAGUGUGGACGCUGUAAUUCAUCACGCUAACUCUGCCUCAGCUGCUGUUCAUGUCUGCUGAUCAACUCCAGCAUGAGAGUCCCCCAGGCUCUGAGGAUGGAACCAGGGCUACUGGAGGCAGGAUCUAGACAUCAGAUGGUGCUCUGAAGAAGCCAUGGGUAGCUGUCUAAGCUGUCCAGAGAAAGAGUCAAUUCCAGAUAAUCAUCAAAGCAAAUUUAAGGUGAUCAACGUGGACGACGAUGGGAACGAGUUGGGUUCAGGUGUGAUGGAGCUGACCGAUGCCGAGCUCGUCCUCCACACCCAUCGCCGUGACGACGUCAGGUGGCCGUACCUGUGCCUGCGGCGCUAUGGUUACGACUCCAACCUCUUCUCGUUUGAGAGCGGCCGGCGCUGCCAGACGGGUCAAGGUAUUUUUGCCUUCAAGUGUUCUCGAGCUGAAGAGAUCUUCAACAUGCUGCAGGAGGUGAUGCACAGCCACAGCAUCAGCGUGGUGGAGGAGGCGGUGCUGGAGCCCAACCACCAGGCAGCACACACUCCUGCAGCUCUGGGCUACUCGGUGCCCACCGUGCCAAACGGCGUGACCCGGAUCCCGUCGGUGGGCGAGGCUCCGUCUCACCCCUCCACCCGCCACCCGUCUGUGGCCAGCACCCGCCUGCCCUCUGUGGGAGAGGAGUCCACGCAUCCUCUGCUGGUGGCUGAUGAAGCGGUUCACACCUACGUGAACACCACGGGGCUCCUGGAGGACCAGCCCAGCCCGCUGACCAUGAUCACGCCUCUGGAGAGUCCCACCUCUCCCCAGUCUCAGUGUCCUCCGACCCCGCCGCCUCCUCCGAGGGCCCGCACAGAGCCGCCGCCGCCGCCGCCCGCCCAGCCGGAGCCCCAGGUGCUGCUGGAGCCUCAGGGGGUGCGCUUCGUGCUGGGCCCCACCCCCGUUCAGAGGCAGCUGAUGGAGAAGGAGAAGAGGCAGCAGGAGGCCAAGGAGACCGAGGAGCCCCGAGAGACUAACGGCCACACAGAGGCCGAGCCCACUCCCCCGCUCUCCAAUGGCUCCUCCUCCAACCCUUCCACAGCUCCUCGCCGACACCGCCCGCCCCCGCUCACCCCGGACCUGCAGAAUGUCAAUAACUCGGCCCAGCGGCGCACCGCCCUGCUGGACUACGAGAACCUGCCGGCGCUGCCGCCGGUGUGGGAGGCGAGGAAGCCGAGCUCGGAGGAGGAGGAGAACGGCUCCAGCGGCCUGAAGACGCCGUCGCUCAACGGCUACAACCACCACCCCCACCACGGCGUGCUGCACCACUCCUACUCCCACCCUCUCUCCGCCGCCCUCGAGUCAUCGCACAACUACGUCAACACCGAGAACGUGACGGCGCCACUGAGCGCCCACCGGCCCGACACGGCCCGUCGCCGCACAGACGGACCCACCAUCUUCAACUUCGACUUCCGCCGGCCGCCGCUGCCGGGCCACCCGGAGCCGCCCAAAACCCUCAACUACAUCGAGGUGGAGAUGGACAACAGCGCCGGGAACAAGGGCGCUUCAGACGGCAGCAACCCCCACACUGUGGACGGGGAGUUUGAACAGCUGAAUGUUUUGAGCCUGAAGUGA